AUGGAAUUGGUAUUUGUUGCCAUAGGAAUGCUUCUUCUUGCUUCACCUUGCAUGUGUGGAAGAAUGAAGCUCAAUGCAGGUCCUAAAUUCAAUGUUAUUGACUAUGGUGCCACCGGGAAUGGCCAAAUAGAUGACUCCCAAGCUUUUGUGAAAGCAUGGGAGGAGGCGUGUGAUGCAAGAGAUGGGACCCCAACAGUUGUCAUCCCCAAAGGGAAAACUUUCAUGUUACAGCCUGUGGCAUUCCGCGGUCCUUGCAAGCCUUCAAUCGUUAACAUUCAGCUUAAGGGAACUAUCAUAGCACCAAACAGCAUUGAGGCAUGGAAAUGGCCAAAUGAAAGGGACGCAUGGAUUCGAUUCUUGCACAUAAGUGGUCUUGUUAUCCAUGGAGGGGGACAAAUUAAUGGCCAAGGUGCUCCAUGGUGGAAUUGCUAUUCCAAUAGAACUUGUCACAACAGGCCAAGCGCCCUACAUUUCCAUGACUGUGAAAAUCUAUUGCUUCGCGGAUUGACUCACAUGAACAGCCCCAAAAAUCAUAUAAGCUUAAAUAAAUGCAAUGGUUCAGUCAUCUCUGAUCUUCAUAUUUUUGCACCAGUUGAUAGCCCAAACACCGAUGGUAUAGAUAUCUCAGAAUCAUCCAACAUUGUCAUUCAGAAUUCUAUGAUUGAAACUGGUGAUGAUUGCAUUGCCAUUAAUCACGGGUCCACCUUCAUCAGCAUAAUUGGCAUCUUUUGUGGACCUGGCCACGGCAUCAGUGUUGGAAGCUUGGGAAAAAAUGGAGCUUGUGAAACAGUUGAAGAGAUAUAUGUACGAAAUUGCACCUUUAGUGGAACAACAAAUGGAGCCAGAAUCAAGACAUGGAUGGGAGGUGAAGGGUAUGCAAGGAAGAUCACUUUUGAGGAUAUUGUACUUGUAGAAGCUAAGAACCCUGUGAUUAUUGACCAGGAAUAUGACCCUAGUGAUAGCGUACAUGCAGUUAGAGUGAGUGAUGUUACUUACCACAAUGUGAGGGGAACCUCCAAUUCUGCACAUGCAGUCAAACUGCAUUGUGACAAAACCAUAGGAUGCACCAACAUUGUAUUGAAGAGGAUUAACAUAACUUCUGCUUCUGGAGAGGAAACUUAUGCUUCAUGCAAAAAUGCAAACGGGGUAUGCUCUUCGUGUAUUCCACAUGUCCCAUGUCUUUCUCGAGAGUGA